AUGGGUUUGUCAACUCGCUUCCUCCGCAUCCCGCGGCCAGAGACAUUCCUCUACGUUAUGAGCCUGCAAACAGGCGCUUCGCUGAUUACUCUGUCGCUAUUACUCAACAAAAUUAGCGGUCUUUAUGGCUUGCUCGCGCUGCUUACCGGAUACCACCUCUCGCCCGUUCAGCUAUCCAUGUACCUUUACUCUUUGAUCGCGCUUGCUAUCACAGUUCUGCUCUUCCCACACAUUCGAAAACAGUCUCCUUUGCAAUGUCUUGCGCUUGCCUGGCUCUAUGUUCUCGACAGCGCCAUCAACGCUGCUUACACCGCCGCGUUUGGUGUGACAUGGUUCUUGGUUAUUGCUCAGCACACGGACUCGGAUAACACAAAGGCAUCAGGCCCGGGAAGUGAUACUAUGGGCCAAACUGCGGGAUUCACUGGCUCUGAGUACGAUACGACGCGGUCGGCUGCUAGGGGUGAGAGGAGCGCGGAUCAACUCGGCGAUGCCGUCACUCAGCCAGAGAGCUUCGAAAGUAUUCUCUUCAUUUGUGCGCUAUGGAGCAUUCGCCUUUACUUCGUCUUCGUUAUGCUCGCGUUUGCUCGCCAUACUCUGCGAUUAUACAUUGCUAUGCCUCGCCACACCCAAUUACCCACCCAUAGCCGAAAUACCUCUGCCGCUAGCAUGGCCAGCGUUGCUGACAUCGACCGCGAACCGUUCUCGCCCUAUAGCCCUGAUGGACAGGGAUGGCAGGGCAAGCUGGGACGUCUCAUGAUCGGUGUUGGAAGAAAUUACUGGCUUGGUGACGAGGAUGACGGGACAUGGGUCAACAUGAGCCACCGAUUCCACACUCGCGGAGAGCCUACGGCAGGACCCCCUGGCCCCAUUGAGCGGGAGAGACGUCGUCGAUCCGGAACGGGACCACCACAGCCCUCGCAGGCUGCCGUCCAAGCGGCUUCUUUACAGCAGCCGGCACAUGAGCUGACCGCCGGUCCGAGAUUGACCGUCAAGGUGCAAGAUUGGGAUGAAAGGUAG